CUGAUUGGUCUACAUGGGAAUAUCCUUUCUGUUUGGCACCAUGAAGAAGCAUGUGUUUGGCCUUCUUACUAAAGGCUUUGUCAGCACUGCGUUAGCAAGGGUUCAAAAGGUAGUUCCACCGACGAGAUCGCUAACGGUAUCUAUUAUGGGGAAGGCAAAUUGCAAGAAAACUCAAAAAUUGUCUCCGACGUUAUAUGGAGACCAUAUGACAGCGGCUUUAUCCACAAAUCCUGAUAAAGUGUUAACGAUUUGUGUGGAAGGAAACAUCGCAAGUGGGAAGACAACAUUCUUAGAACAUUUCAAGAAAUAUAGCGACGUCCAGGUGUAUGAGGAACCGGUUAAAAAGUGGAGGAAUGUAGAAGGACAUAAUGUUUUAGCAAAGAUGUAUGAAGACCCCGAGCGAUGGUCCUUGACGUUACAAACCUAUGUUCAGUUAACGAUGGUUGACAGACAUAUUCAAGUACCAGAACAACCGAUCAAAUUGAUGGAGAGGUCCAUUUUCAGCGCCAAGUAUUGUUUUGUGGAAAAUCUGUACAAAAGUGGUAAGAUGACGGCCAUGGAAUAUGUGAUUCUGACGGAAUGGUUUGAUUGGAUAAGAAAACACCAUGAUCUUAGUAUAGAUUUGAUUGUUUAUCUCCAAACGAAACCGGAAACAGUAUACGAAAGAAUUAUGAAAAGAUGUCGGAAAGAAGAAAUUACCAUUCCAAUGGACUACCUUUAUGCUUUACAUGAGCUGCAUGAAGACUGGCUGGUAGCCAAGACAAAGUUCCAGACAGACUGCCCCAUUCUAGUAAUUGAUGCUAACCAGCAGACAGAAGAAAUGAUAAAAAUUUACCAGGAAAAAAGCCAGGAAAUCUUGUUUCAUCAACCAGAAUCUAUACAACUGGAAUCGGCUGUAGGAACCUGAGUGUGCAGAUGGGAUGACAUGUGAACAAUAAUAAGUGGAAUUCUGUUCCUAGAACAAACAAAGGACACUGGAACUGUGUUUAUUCCCCCUUACAAAGAACAAUUGAAGCUGGAAGCUGUGAUUCUGUUUAUGUUUUCUAACAAGGGAACACCUGGGCCCCUUUCACAUAUCCGGUUCAACCAGUUUGUCUGUUUUCAAAUGAAACAUUUUCGGGUAUGAAACCUCGCGGACCUGCAAAUGUUUACGCACAGGCCUUGCAAGGCUUUGUCAAGAGGCUUGCCUGAAAGCAGCAUCAGAUUACUAGGUUCAACCUUAUUUCUUAAAUGAACAACUCUUGUCCAACCGGUUCAACUGUUUGGAUGGUAAUACACGAAAGCAUCCCAGGUUAUAGGUCUUUUUACCUUGACAAAGACAAAGAUAUAGUAUGUCUAGACUCGAAAAGAUGGACUCACCACUUACCCACCUGACAGCUCAGUUGGUUAGGGCAAUCCAUCUAGUGCUCGAAGGCUCUGGGUUCAAAUCCAGGUGUAGCUGUAUAUUAAAGGGAGAAUCUUGUGUACAUUUUUUUUAGUGCAUUUCAUAUUUGCUAUUUGGGAAAACUUGUUUCAAAGCUGUAUAAAUUUCAAGAAAGAAAUUUUUAAGAAAGACUACAUUUUCAAUUAAAUGAGACAAUUAAUCAUUAUAUUGAAAUUUUCUGUUUAAUACUUCAAAAAUACCUGGUUAAGACAUGUGAGCACAUAAUUGUUAUAUAUAUACAAUUUGCUGUGAAUCUUAAAAUGCUGCUGUCUUUAAAUUUAGAAAAUACAUGAGGUUGAUCAGAUAUUCUGAUGAGAGCAUCCUGAAAUUUGUAUCACAAAAUUUACUAGACAGGAUGUUUGAAAAAUUUAACGAAGGAUGAUCAGAAACCGUAGGUACUCAACAAUCACAGAACUGAUUUCUAGAGACCAAAAAAAUAUCACAAAACAAUUUGUUUUGAUGCAGUCAGUGUAUUGUCCUGACUCCUAGCGUAAUAGAUAAAUUUCCACCGUAAUGUUGUUCCUGGAUAUGAAAUCCUUAUUGAUCUGUGUUCAAGGCGGCAGUGUACAGUAAACACUGUUUAACCUGAAGUUAUACUAUGGUAGUAAAAUAUCCUUUCUUACAAGGUAUUACCAGGUCUCAUUUUACGUAAUUACUGACUGUCAACUACCUCAUCUGUCAAACUUGAUGACAACAGCAGGAAAAAAAAUGGAAAAAUUAAAAUCAUUUUUGAUUCAUUCGAAUUUAUAAUUUAGUGCAACACAACUUUACUGAUUUUUUUUUGUUAUACUGCCUACAUUUUGUCGUUAAGGAUUUAACAAUAUUUUAAUGUUAUAUUUUAAUGUUAUGAGGAUUUGUAAUGAGAGAAAAUAAAGAAAAAUUCAAUGUGAUCUUGAAAACCGUUUUAGUAGAAAGCAAGAGACAUAUAAUUUAAAUAAUUCCAACCUCUAAACACAUUAAGAAGUUGUUUUUUUACAAGAAAAAAUGCUUUUGUGCAAGUAGCCUUUUAUUAGGACACUUUAUGUGGUUAAAUUUAGGCAGUAUAUGUGAUAUUGAGGUUUUUACUGAUUUUCUUUUUCUUUCAACAUCCAACACUUCAUUAUACGUACCACCAAAAAACGUUCUUUUUGCAUCCAUCGUGUUUAGGUAGGUUUUAAUCUCAUUGCUAUACAUAUGUUGGUGCUGUCAGCAACUGGUUUAUACAAUUGAUCAGUGCAUUGAGAAUCUCAGAUUUUUUUUCUAGUUACGUUACGUCAAGUGUCACUGUGAAACAAAAUGUUGAACAAUUUUGUUACAGAUCAUUUAAUUUUGUGAUUUUUUUUUUUUCAUAUUUAUGUUUCAAGUAUUUUUAUUAUGGUAUGAAAAACCUGCUUUGAACAACUACAAAUGUAUAUUCUUUGUUAAAAUAUGUUUUGGGGAUUUUUUUUUUUUUUUAAAUUUUUGCUUGUGUUUAUGGACCAAUUUUAUAUUCCAUAAAGAAAACGUAAUAGAAAGUCCCAUACAAAUGUAAUUUGAUAUCAUUAAAUGUAAUUAUCAAUAAUAUAUAAUGUUUGACGUUUCUUUUAAAUGUGUUGGAAUAUUUAGUUAGCAUGUAGAUAUGCAUUUGUAUGUCGUGAUCCAUCCUUAUGAAUUUAGUUUACUGAAAAAUAAUAUCACACAAAAUAUGUGUUAAGCACAGUAUAAUAUAUUUAUUUCAUAAUUAUGGACAGAACUUACUUUAUUGGAGUGGGUUUAUGAGUUUUUAAACAUACCAAGGAAAAAGUCAAAUAGAUGUUAUCAUGUUUUUGUUGUUGUAAUGUACGCGUAAGAGAAAUAUUUUGAUAUAUGUUUUCUGAAGUUCUUUGUCGGUAUCUUAUUAUUUUAUAAUUUUUUAAUACCGGGGUAGCGAAAUAUAAAAAAAAGUUUCCUAUUAUAUCUAAUAGAUAAACGACAGGGGUUUUCAUGUAUGAGGUUAUAAGUUUAUAAGUAUGUAAACGUAUAUAUGGACGAAGGAAUAUUAAAGAAAUCAAUAAUCACAAGAAAAAGUUAUUACGCAUUUCAUGAAUUACUUCAUGAAAACCCUGUUGAUCACUCGACAGGACAAACGUAUAUAGCUUCCUGUGUGUAUUUCAUCCUCUACUUCUACCUGUAUAUCGUGUGUUUGUAUAAAAUGGUUUGUUGACCAGUCCAUAUGUACGAGUGUGAAAAUGUUGCAAUGACCCAAAAAACAAUCUUGCAACAGCUCUGCCAAAAAAUGGUGCUAGUGAUAAAAACAAGAACUUGUUUUCGUAAGAAUGAUUUUCUAGCGUGUAACUGUUUCCAAUAAAGUUGUCAUUGAUUCUUAUUGCAAGUAUUACCUGUAGAUGAUUUAAACAAUACAAAGCAUUAACCCUUUCACCCCUAGGUAACUUUAGUACCAUAUUGCAUUGAUCUGGAUGAGUCCAUUAUGGUCUACAGUGGUGAAAGGGUUUUAAUGAUAUCCAACGUCCCGUGUUCCGUUGUUCCAAAGAUUUGGUAGCACUCCGUGCAUGAGUUUCUAUUAAAUGGAAUUCAGAAGUCCGGCACAAAAAGUAAUCAAUGACCGCACACCUUGUGUGUCGAAACAUGUUUACAUCGUAAUAAACAUGGCUGAUCACCUUAUAGUGGAUGCUGUCCAGUUUAUCUGAUCUAUGGUUAAAACAAAUAUCAGUUAGAUGUAAGAAAUAUGUGAUUUAUUUCAGUGUUCAUUUAUAUUGUGAUAUUUUGUUGUAAAAUGUUGUAAUAAAUUGAUACGAUAUAUACCGGUAAAUAAAAUUGUAUA